CCUCAUCUGGGCUCCAAGCCACAAUCCGCCGGGAAGUUUGAGACACGAAACGGUAUCCGUGGCCUCUUCGUGAAACUUUUAUAAAAGCAUGUAGCCCGACCAAUUCCCAUCCUCGAUCAUCGGUCCCAACUACGAGUCGUAACCAUGUCUGCCCCCGCCCCCAACCGAGGCCUGGUGGUCUUCUCCGGCGGCAGCGCCGCGAAUAACCUCGUCGACGUCUUCCACGCCGUCCGCGAGAGCAAACACUGUCCCCUCAGCUACAUCAUCCCCAUCAGCGACAAUGGCGGCUCCUCGUCCGAGCUGAUCCGUAUCUUCGGCGGCCCUGGCAUUGGCGACGUCCGCAGUCGACUGGUCCGGUUAAUCCCCGACUCGCCUCCUAAUUCCGAACGCGCCGCCAUCAAGGCUCUCUUCAACCAUCGACUGCCCGCCGAUGCCACGCGCGCCCAUGCCGAAUGGCACUCCAUCGUCGAUGGCACCUCCAGUCUCUGGACAGCCAUCACCCCCGCCAAACGCGAACUCAUCCGGUCCUUCUUCAACCUCUUGAACCUCGAGAUCUUGAAGCGCGCGCGUCCCCCUUCCUCCACCUUCGACUUCACCUCCGCCAGCGUCGGCAAUCUCUUCCUCACCGGCGCCCGUCUCUUCAGCGGUAGCUUCGAAAGCGCCAUCUACCUCCUGGGGAGCAUCUGCGGCGUCCCCUCCGACCUCGUCCGCGUCAUCCCCGCCAUCAACUCUAACUUCUCCCAUCACAUCUCCGCCUCCCUCGCCAACGGCACCAUCAUCGUCGGCCAAAACAGCAUCUCUCAUCCCAGCGAACCCACCGCCCUCCAACCCUCCCGCCGUCCCAGUCUGCUUCUCGCUGACGGCGCCCCAGACCCAGACUACCUCUCCUCCACCCCCAACCCAAUCACCACCCCAACCCCAACCCCAACCCCCAUAACAACCCCCUACCCCGACGACGAAUCCCACCCCCCGGGCACGCUCCCCACCCUGCGCCACAAAAACAUCCGCUUCAACAAAUCCGACCCCGAGGACCUCCCCGCCCGCAUCACCCGCAUCUGGUACAUCAACCCCUACGGCCAAGAAAUCCGACCUCCCGCGAACCCCCGCGUCCUGGAAUCCCUCCACGACGCACAAGCCAUCAUCUACAGUAUCGGAUCCCUGUAUACGUCUAUCAUCCCGUCGUUGAUUCUACGGGGGGUCGGGCAGGCGAUUGCGAUGGGGCCGGCGCGGCAUAAGAUUUUGAUUCUGAAUGGGUCGUUGGAUCGGGAGACUGGGCCGAGGGGGGGUGCGUUCACGGCGGUGGAUUUUGUGGAUGCCAUUGCUGGGGCGGGGGAGGAGAGUCGGGGGGUUGGUGUUGGUGGGGAUGGGGAGGGAGGGGGUAGGUUGCCGUAUUCGGCGUACGUGACGCAUGUUUUGCAUUUGGAUGGGCCGGGGACGCCGCGGGUGGAUCGGGAGCGGUUGGCGGAGAUGGGGAUUGAGACGUUACGGUUGUAUGGGAGGAAGAUUGUCUCGAAUGAGGGGGAGGAGGAGGUGGCUCUGGGCAUGAGGUAUGAUUCGACGGCGUUGGUGCAGGCGUUGGAGGUGGUGUUGGGGAAGAAGGGUGAUGCGAUUCUGCGCGGUGGGAGAGAGGGAACGGGGUUGAGUCGGAGGAAUACUCUUGAUCCGGGGAGGAAGAGAGGUGAAUGAUGGCUACUGCAUACUAUGUAUUGGCUAUCGAAUUGGCAUAGUAUUUGCAUUAUUGAUUGUAUUGAUGGUAUUGGUUGGUAACAUCAUGAACAUCCACCAUAUUUCCAUACCUAGAUAAUGACAUGACCGAGAAUGCAGUACCCGGACGC